CAUCAUCAUUACUUUCCAAACCCUAUACUAGUUACUACUCUUCAUCCCCUCAAAGCACCCUUGCAUAUAUAUCACCCUAUCAUACCCUAUAGAUAAGAAUAAGAUAUCAUAAUCCCAUCCAAAAGAAUCACCUAUUAUUUGGUUUUCUGAAUAUCUUGAUUAUCAUGGGGAGAGGAAAAGUGCAGCUAAAGAAGAUAGACAACAAAGUUAACAGACAAGUAACUUUCUCCAAGAGGAAAACGGGGCUUGUGAAGAAAGCUCAUGAAAUCUCAGUCCUCUGUGAUGCUGAUGUUGCGCUCAUCGUUUUCUCCCACCGAGGAAAACAUUUUCAGUACUGCUCUGAUACUUCAAUGGAGAAAAUCUUAGAAAGGUAUGAGAGGUACUGUUAUGCAGAGAAGCGGCUACAUCCUACUAAUGAUACAGACAUACAGGUAAAUUGGACCAUCGAUUUUGCACACUUGAAGGCCAAAGCUGAGCUUCUUCACAAGAAUCACAGGCAUUACAUGGGACAAGAUUUGGGGUUACUCAAUAACAAAGAAAUCCAAAGUUUAGAGUUACAACUUGAUACUGCUAUCAAAUCUAUUCGAGCCAGGAAGAACCAUCUGAUGCAUGAAUCCAUCUGCGAGCUCCAGAAGAAGGAGAAGGCAAUGUUGGAGCACAACAAUGUUCUGGCAAAGGAGAUAAAGGAGAGGGAAAGAAAUAUGGCGGAGGUGCAACAAAUGCAGCUGCCAUCGUCGCAACAACAUCUAGGUCAAGGUCAUCCUGAUGCGUCAAAUUUCCUACUUUCCCAGGCCUCCACCUCUUACUAUUGAUUCUUAUCCACCAGAGAUGCAUACCCAGAAGAUCGAACUGGGUGGAAAAUGAAGAAGGGAGGAAUGAUCUAUCUUAAAAUAGAUCGAACUCAAUAUACCCGUACGUGUUAAUUAUGAGUUAUUUGUAACAUAUUAUUACGAAGUAUUAUUAUUAUUAUUAUUAUUAUUAUUAUUAUUAUUAUUAUUAUUAUUAUUUUUAUUAUUAUUAUUAUUAUUUCUAGACAACUAGCUUGCGAGGACCUGAAAAACACCGAUCGAUUUAAUAAUUAAUGUGGUUGUAGGUGUUUUAAUUUGUUAUAAAUCCCAUAUGUAAUAUACUUUUAUGUCA